UACUGACACCUUUUCCUCUUCUUCCUCUGGUCAACAAGCUGGUCAACAUAGAUUUUGGCAAGGAAAUGGCUGAGGAGUCGUCCAUCAAAUCCGGGAAUAUUGGUCAGAAUCAGGCUAUUGACGAGGACUACAGAGAUGCCCUGAUGCCUGUGGACCGUGGUCACUUGUGUCCCAGUAGCCACCUUUAUGAUCAGAACAGCACAUGGGCUACCUUCACCCUCACCAACAUUGUGCCCCAGUACAGGACACUCAACCAGGGUGCCUGGAGCAACUAUGAGGGCAACACGAUGCGCGGAAACACCCAGGGCUGUGAUACCACCUAUGUCAUCACAGGUGCUGUACCUGGGAACACCAACACCACCAAUGGCAGGGUUAAUAUACCCAGCCACAUCUGGUCAGCUGCCUGCUGCGUGAGUAAGAAUGAGCCCAUUAAGGCUUGGGGGGCCAUUGCUGAGAAUCAGAUACACAAUAACGAGGUGACCAACCUCAACCUGGGGAGGCUGGAGGCGAAAUUGUCAGAGCUCUAUGGGGGGAAAGAUGUUACUCUGUUCAACAAUGGCUGUCCCCGGCAAUAAGCCUCACAUCCUUGAUGGAAAAGGCUCAGCAGAUUUUCCCACAUGUCACAGAAUCACAGAAUCACUGAAAUGCUUUUGAAGGGACCUUGAAGCCUUCAAGAGCAUCUCAUUUUGACCUGCCUGACACGGGCAGGGACACCUUCCACUACCCCAGGUUGUUCCAAGCCCUCCCCAGCCUGGCCUUGAACGCUUCCAGAGAUUGGCCACUCAAAACAGCUCUGGGUAACUUUUGCUCACACCACAGCCUGCUCCCAGGAAUUUAAUCAUUUAGAAUAUCCCACCUAACCCUGCCCUCCAGCAGUGGGAAACCAUUCCCUCUUGUGCUGUCACUCCAUACCCUUGUCCAAAGACCCUCUCCAGCCCUCUCAGACAUGCUGUAGGUACUGCACUCUCUGCAGUCUUCUCCAGGCUGAACAUGGCCAGCUCUCUCAGCCUCUCUCCAGAGCAGACGUGCUCCAGCCCUCAGAGCACCUUCAUGGCCUGCACUGGACUCCACUCCAACACCUUUGUAUCCUCCUUGUGCUCUGGGCCCCAGAGCUGCAGGCAGCACUGCAGCUGGGCUCUCAGCACAGCACAGCAGAGCAGAGCA